GGAGUGUUAUUGUCUGAGUGAGAGGGUGUAAAUUACUCAUCCAGGUGUACAUUUCAGGUGUUCCCGGGUUAAUUAGUCACCCUGAGUGUACUUGAGAGGUGUACCGCAGUGCUUGAUAGGCCUGGGGAUCUAGUACACCCUAAAAAUCACCCAAAUUAGGCCUAAAAAGGGGAAAAAAUUAGACCUCCCAGGGUAGUGGUGGUGGUUGACAGUAUUUAGAGUGUAUAUUUUAAGGUGUAAAUAAGACAAAACGUGUUGUCUAGGGUGUAUUUAUUGGAUGUAUGUGUCUUUCUUAGGGUGUAUCUAGGGUGUAAGGGUGUGGUGGACCUUUGAUUAGGGUGUAGGUGAAAGAUUAGGGUGUAUUAGGACAGAUACGGGUAAUUUAGGUGUAAAUUGAAAGAAGUGUGUUUUCAGGGUGUAAGUGUGAGAGAUAGUGUUCCUAGGGUGUUUUGGGGCCUUUAGGGUGACUAGGGUGUGGGUUUAGGGUGUAUUGGAUUAACUAGGGUGUAUUUCAAAGGUGUAGGGAGAAAAAAUAGGGUGUUUUUCGAGUGUAAGAAGAAUUAGGGUGAGAAAUCAGGGUGUAUGUGUCCGUGUGUGAGAGAGAGGGAGAGUGAGAGAGAGAGAAGCAUGAGUGAGAGAGAGUGAGAGGGAGAGGGAGAGUUACAGCAUUGAUAGGUGAUAAAGAGGAAGAGGAGGAGGAGGAGGAGGGGGGCAGCCAUGUUGAAAGGAAGGGGGUGGUUUGGGGGGGGAGGCCUAUGGAGGAAGAACCCCCAUUCCCUGGACCAUUUGAGGUACCUGUACAAUGUGUUAAGCAAGAACCAGGUGGUGCAGGAAAGUAACCGCGGCCUGCUGGUGGAGACGCUGCGUUCCAUUGCCGAGAUACUCAUUUGGGGUGACCAGAAUGACUCAUCUGUGUUUGACUUCUUCCUGGAGAAAAACAUGCUGUCGUUCUUCCUGCCGAUAAUGAAGCAGAAAUGUGGAAGUUAUGUGUGUGUCCAGCUGCUCCAGACUCUCAACAUUCUCUUUGAAAACAUCCGUAAUGAGACUUCACUAUACUACCUCCUGUCAAACAACCAUGUGAACUCAAUCAUCGUGCACAAGUUUGAUUUCAGCGAUGAGGAGGUGAUGGCAUAUUACAUCUCCUUCCUCAAGACACUGUCACUCAAGCUCAACGCACACACCAUUCACUUCUUCUACAAUGAGCACACCAACGACUUCCCUCUGUACACGGAAGCCAUCAAAUUCUUCAACCAUCCGGAGAGCAUGGUUAGAAUCGCCGUUCGGACAUUAACUCUCAAUGUUUACCGAGUCAAUGACCAAUCGAUGCUGCAGUUCAUCCGAGAUCGCACCGCAGCCCCGUACUUCUCCAAUCUGGUGUGGUUCAUUGGUAACCACAUCCUGGAGCUGGAAAAUUGCGUCCGGGGCGAUGUGGACCACAACUCCCGCGGCAGACUGGAGGACCUGGUGGCGGAACAUCUUGACCACCUCCACUACAUCAACGAUAUUCUCAAGCUGAACAUUUCCACCCUCAAUGCUGUCCUGGCUGACCAUCUCUUAAACAGACUGCUGGUGCCUCUCCUGGUGUACUCUCUCAACCCACGGCAGGAGAAGGAUGACCGGCCCCGGAUCAGCAGUGUGGUGGCCCUGUUCCUCCUGGCCCAAGUGUUCCUCAUAGUGUCCCACGCUCCGCUGGUCCGCGCCCUUGCCAAAAUAAUCUUCCACGGUGAUAAUUCAAUAUUUGCGGAAGAUUCACAGGUUUUCAAGGGUCAUCGUUUUGUGCGUCGGGGUUUUGUGGCCCCUGAGGAACCCCUGGAGAAGUCCCUACAGGCAAGAACUCCAGGGGGGUCAGGGAACACCACCCCUCUCGCCACUGUGGAGGAGCCCAGUGGAGGAGGAAGAGCAGCAGCAGGAGGAGGUGGUGGAGGAGGAAGAGAAGAUGCGAAUUGUGAAGACCCCAUAGGCAUUUCCGAUCUUGCCGCCACACACGUCAACAUAACCGACGAGGAAAAGGAAAUGAUGCGAGCCACCACCACCACCACCACCACCACCACUGCCGCCACCUCCAGUGCUGUAUGCAUUAGUGAAAGAGAAGAAGAGGAAGGAAGAGGAGGAAGAGGAAGAGGAAGAGGAGGAGGAGGAGAGGAGGAGGAGGAGACAGCAGCAGGAGGAGGAGGAGGAGGAGGAUUAACAGAACUAUCUUUAAUAUCUCGUCCCUUCCUGCUUUCCACAAUUAACGCGCUGAGCUGUUCUGGCGACGAUUAUUCCUCUCUGUUUGCUCUGUCUCUCCUCUACGCCCUCGGACACAACCAGGGCAUCAACCAGGAGCUACUGGGCAUGGUGGUAGGGGGGAAGACCACCACCAAGGCAGUUUACGAUUCCCUAUUAGUGGACAAGAUGCUGGAAAUUAUCACUCUCUCUUGCCAAUACAACUCCAAAGUGCGUGUGGCAACCCUGGAGAUGGCGAUCCUGGUCCUGAAGCAGCUGGUAGGGGUCGGGGGGCCAGCUGGCGGCGGCGGCGGCAGCAGGAGACACACUUACCUUAGGGACAACCACCUGGCCAGCCUGGAGGGGGCCAAGGAGGAGGCCACGCUGAUGCUGAGAAAUUUCUAUAAGAGUGAAGAGAUAUUCCUUGACAUGUUUGAGGACGAGUGGGUGGAGUUACAUCGUCGCCCCUUGAACGUGGAGUACCUUCUGCAGGAUGCCUCGGUACUCCUCCCCCCCGCAGGCACUCCCCUUACUGGCAUCGACUUCAACAAGAGACUGCCCUGUGGUGAGGUAGAGAGGGCCAGAAGAGCCAUGAGGGUGUUUUUCCUGGUACGUGAGGUGAGCCUGGCGGUGCGUGAGGAGAAUGACUCACACCUCCCCCUCACCAACCCCGCCGCUUGUGUCCAGGUGGCUGAUGUCCUGGAUUUGAACAACAGUGACCUCAUCGCCUGUGUGGUUAUUCCUCGUGACGGCCAAAGGACAAAGAGAUUCUUGGUGAUCGACGUUAUCCAGCUUAUCUUAGUGGAGCCGGACUUGAGGAGGCUCGGCUGGGGUGUGGCCAAGUUCGUGGGGUUCCUGCAGGACUUGGAGGUGACUGGAGAUAAGGAUGAUUCACGAGUCCUCCACUUAACCAUCCAUCGUCCGUCUGCUUCCUCCGGCCGCCCCUCACAGCCCCUCCUUGCUGCUAAGUUCAUUUUUGAUGACCAUAUACGAUGCAUGGCCGCCAAACAGAGGCUCAUCAAGGGAAGAAUGAAAGCUCGACAGAAGAAACUGCAUCAGAUUGCCCGCUUGCUUGAGUUACCCAGCCACCUCCAGCCUUGCCCCUCUCCCCCUGCCCACGCCCUCCACACCAUGAGGCAGGAGGCCCAUCGCCAGCGUCUAGGAAGGGUAGAUGCCCGGAGCAGAAGUGCCAUUCCACACCGACCUCUUUUCAGUGUGUCAGUAGUACCUGGCUUUGCCCUGAAGAAGGAGGGAGAAAACACACACGACGAAACAAACGCGCGAACAAACGUCACGGCAACACUGAGCCCUGGAAGAACAAGCCGUCACGUGUCUCGGCAACCACACACCACCUCCUCCACGUCCUCCUCCUCCUCCUCCACCUCCUCCUCCUCCCCGUCCUCCUCCACCACACAGCAGGGGGAGCGUGGGGGGAGGGGGGCGCGGUCCACCUCCCGCCCCCGCCCCCGGAGUGAAGAAAUACCCCUAGAGGACAUAAUUACCGCUGGUUCCUUACCACAUAUCUCUCUCUCUCUGCCUAAGGUAAACAUUGGAGGGCAUAACACCCCUUCGGAGAGCACCCCAGAAUUACCAACAACCCAGAGCACCCCUGCAGACCCACCCCAGGCCCCGGACAGCCCCCCGGAGCCCCAAAACCCCCAGGAAGAACCCCAGAAGGACCCUAAGGAAAUUAAACGGCCCUCGGAAACAGAAACAUCUUUUUCCGCACCUCUCCUGGGGUCGCCGUUUGACGUGUUUGAGCCCCGAGUGAAUGGGCAGCUGGAGGGGGGGCAGGAGGUGUGUCAGGCCCCCCCAAAGCCCCGGGGAAGCCUUGGGUCUGCCGAUUUUAGCCCCAUUCGUAAAGGUAGACUGAAAGGAAAUGUUGAAACUGUAUAGUGAUUUGUUUGUGUUUGAAUAUUUUUGGUUGUUUUCAAAGGAGGAGGAGGAGGAGGAGGAGGAGGAGGAGGA